GCAGAUUGGGGUUUGGCUGCUGAGAGCCACGUGCCCCCAUCACAACCAGCUCCUCCCCAUGCUCACCAGCCCCCAUAAAAGCAGUGCCCUGGGUGAGCACCAGCAUCCAGCACUGCUUCCUGGCUCAGCUUGGGAAAAGGGCUCAUCUCUCUCACCCCAAGAUGUCUUGCUACGACCUGUGCCCACCCAAAACCAGCGUGGCCGUGCCCCAGCCCAUCGCUGAGAGCUGCAACGAGCUGUGCGCGCGCCAGUGCCCCGACUCGACGGCCUUCAUCCAGCCACCGCCCGUCGUCGUCACCUUCCCCGGCCCCAUCCUCAGCUCCUUCCCCCAGCAAGCCGUGGUGGGCUCCUCCGGAGCACCCGCCUUUGGGGGCUCCCUGGGGCUGGGGGGCCUCUACGGCGCCGGGGCCACUCAGGGCUCGGGGGGCCUCUGCACCUUUGGCAGACCCUACACUUCUGCCUGCAGCCCCUGCCCCUUGCCCCGCUACAGCAGGAAGCUCUGGGACACCUGCGGGCCCUGCUAAACCCAUCCUCAUGGCUCUUCUACCUGGCACAAGCCAUGCUUAUUCGGAGUGUUCAAAUUCAGUGCUUCCCUUGAAUUUAUUUUCUGAUAUGUUUUGUCUCCCUUUGUGCAUAUUUGUCUUUAACUCCUCUUUCAUCAGCCUGUUCCUGUAUUACGCUUUAUUUCAUUGUUAUUAUCAUUAAAUCUCUUCUGUGUUAAAUUAUCUGCCUUGUUUU